CUAAAAAUUAAAGUCCCGUCCAAGCGAAUGCGUCGCUGGCUGGUCGAUUCCCUUUCCCUUCUCCUCCACUCCAAGCCUUGCAUGCACUCUCUUCUUCGCGCCCUUCCCUUAUUUUUGUACUUAUUCUCUCUCGCUCUCUCUCUUCUUUCUCUCUCUACAGAGCCUUCUCUGCACUCUCUCUCAGCCGUUUCAAUUCGCUGGAAACUCUCUCGCUGCUCUCCGGUAAUUGAGGGAUUGAAUCGAGUCUUUGUUUCAUGUUUGAGCCAUGGAUUAUAGCAAAGUGCCCUUGUCGAAGCGAACUCGGCUUCAAGAAUCAGUUUUUUUCCAGGAGUACAAUGAGAGGAAGAAGAGGGCUAAGAACGGUGGUGGUGGUGGUGGAGAGUCGGGGGAGGCUGCUGGUGGGGCUAGGGUUGCUGGUGGUGGUGCGAAUUUGGGGCCUCGUGGUGUGCGGGAUUCUGGGUCGGUGGCUGGUUCGGGUGUUAAGGGACGUGUGGGUGGCCGUGUUGAAGCUAAUGGUGUGAAGGAAGGUGUUGGUUCGGUUAGUUAUGAUAAGGGUCAGGCUUCGGGGAUGAAGAGAGUUCGAAAAUUGGGGAAGGGGUUGAAGAAAAAAGACAAGAAUUUGGGCCCAAUUCGAGGGAAUUCUGAAAAAAGUGGGAGAAACAAAAAGGGGGUGAGAAAAGAUGAGGGUGUUGCUUCAGGGAGUGUUGAUUCGAGGAGAAAGCAUAAUUUUGUCGAGAAAUCGCUGAAAAAGAAGAAUGUGGUUCAAAUUAGUGAUGAUGAUGAUGAUGAAAGUAGUGAGGAUGAAGAUGAGGAUUUCGGUGAAGCUAGUGUUGGUUGGAAGAAAAAUAGGAAAUCAAUUAAGAGGGUGAAGAAAAUCAAGAAUGUUGAUGAUAGUGAUGACGAUGAUGAUGGUAGUGAGAAUGAAGAUGAGGAUUUCGGUGAAGCUAGUGUUGGUUGGAAGAAAAAUAGGAAAUCCAUUAAGAGGGUGAAGAAACACAAGAAUGAUGAUGAGAGUGAUGAUGAUGGUAGUGAGGAUGAAGAUGAGGAUUUCGAUGAAGCUAGUAUUGGUUGUAAGAAAAAUAAGAAAUUGAUCAAGAGGGUGAAGAAAGACAAGAAUGAUGAUGAUGACGAGGAGAGUGAAGAUGAUGUUGAAUACAUAGUUGUGAAGCGAGUUAAAAAAUCGGAAAAGGGGUUGAACAAGAAAAAUAAGAAUGUAGUUCAAAUUCCGGGGAAUUUCAAAAAACAUUGGAAAAACAGAAAGGGUGUGAAAAAAGAUAAUAAUGUUGUUAUAGGUCUUGCCAAUUUGGUGAAAAAGCAUAAAUCUGUUGAGAGACUCAAGAAAAACAAGAAUGUGGUUCAAAUGAGCGACUAUGAUGAUGAUGAAAGUGAGUAUGAAGUUGAGAAUUUUGUUAAAGCCAGUGUUGAUUUGAAGAAAAAUAAAAACAAGUUGAAGAAAAACAAGAAUGUGGUUCAAAUGGAUGUUGAUGAUUAUGAGAGUGAUGGUGACGUUCAAUUCCUAGUUAUGAAGGAUAAGAAUGGUAGAGUGAUUGAAGGGGCUGAGGAUGAUGUAGUGGAUUCAAACUAUUCUAGUUUCAGAAAGGAGUCCAAGUCAGAGGAGUUCUCUAACUGCAAGCGUUCUCCUCUCAAGGGUCGAGAGGAGGUUGCUUCAUGUCAUCAAAAGAGGAAGAAGAGUGCCUGUAUUAAGUUGAAGGAUCGGAAGAGUUGUGGUGUAUUGAGCCAAGCUCGAUCACAGUUGGGGAGCAUCAAAGAAGGGGAAGAAGGUAAUUCCUGCCAUCUCAAAUGAUUCAGAGGAUUUAGAUGAGUUGAGCAACA